AUGCUUGUGUGGAAUACUAGGGGCUUGAAUAAAAAGGCGAGGCAUCUUGAGAUUGCAGCCCAUCUCAAACAUAUGCAACUGCCUUGUAUAGCUUUACUAGAGACUAAAGUUAAAGUUAAUAAAGCAGAAAGUAUUAGACACAAUUUUGGCACAUAUUGGAAACACCUUGAUAACUACAACCACCGUCCUAAUGGGCGCAUAUGGAUUAUGUGGCAGGAAAAGAAUGAGAGUUUUGUGAAGAUAGCCAGUUCUGAUCAGUUCAUUCAUUGCAAGGUGACUGAGAAAGAGAACAAGAUGGUGAAGUGGAUUACUAUAGUGUAUGCCCAGAAUCAGUUACAACAUAGGAGAAAACUAUGGAAUGAUAUUCGAAACUGUGCUGGAUCUGUACAGGGGCCUUGGAUGAUAAUUGGGGAUUUUAAUAAUGUCAUGACAAGCAGAGAUAGAAUUGGGGGGAAGCAGGUUCAACUGGCUGAAUAUGUUGACCUUGAACAGAUGAUGGAGGAUGUUGGUUUGUAUGUACAUGAGACCAAAGGUGAACAUUUUACCUGGAACAACAGACAUACCACCCAGAUGAUUUACUCAAGAAUCGACCAUGUAAUCUGCAACAGGGAAUGGUUUCUCCAAUUCCCUAUGAGUAUAGUUACUGUGAUGCAGCAGCAUAUAUCUGACCACACACCUCUUAGAGUGCAAUUUAUGGGGGACCAAAAUAUGCCUAGGAGGAAAACUCCUUUCAAAUUCCUAAACUGCAUUACUACCAGAGAUGAAUUCCUUGACACAGUUAGAAACAACUGGAAGAGCACAAAGGAGGAUAGGCCUAUGUACAGUGUGUGGAGAAAUCUGCAACAGUUACAACCUUUCAUGAGGAAACAAGCAGGCAGAAUCGAUGAAAGUAUCAGACAGAUCCACAACCAUAGACAACACCUGUUGCAAGCUCAGGCUGAAUUAAGCAAUGAUAGAUUCAAUGAGGAAGUAAUGGAUAGAAUAAAAACUAUCACUGCUGAUCUUCUCAAGACAACAGAAUUAGAAGAACAAGUUCUCAGGCAAAGGGCAAAAGUUGAUUGGCUGAUUCUAGGUGAUGGCAACAAUAGGUACUUUCAUGCAACUGUGAAAAGUAAAAACAAAGCAACAGGAAUCUUUAGCUUAGAGGACCCUUAUGAGAUAGAAAUGCAAGGGCAUGAGAACAUUGAAAAAGAGGUGAUCAGAUUCUAUGAAGAUUUGAUAGGAAAAAAUACAAAUCACUUGAGACACAUUGAUGUGGAGGUAAUGAGAGUUGGUGCCCAACUCAGUCACACACACCAAACUGAACUUAUUUUACCUGUUGCUGAGAAAGAGAUCAUGGAUGCUUUAAAGAGCAUUGGAGACACAAAGGCCCCUGGGAUUGAUGGAUAUAGAUCCAAAUUUUUUAAGGAUGCUUGGGAGAUCAUAGGCAGGGAUGUGAAGACUGCAGUGUGGGAUUUUUUUGAACAUGGAAGGUUAUUCAAGGCAGCUAACUGUGCAUUAGUAACUUUGAUUCCCAAAGUGCCAAAUGCUAACAAGAUGAAGGAUAUGAGGCCUAUUGCCUGCUGCACAGUUCUAUACAAAAUUACUCCAAGAUACUCACCAAUAGGCUCAGUAAAGUGA